AUGAGGCGUUAUCGAGGACCUAAUAGGCCCGCUGCUGUCAGUCAGCCAUUCUUUGGCGGGCUGAUCGCGCGGGUCUUAUUUGGUCUCUUUAAUUGGAUCUCUGUUCACUUGUUGCGCUGUUUUCGGGUCGCGCGGCCCGAGGCAAGCGCCACCGGGCAGCAACUCGGUGAACCGGAGGGAGCCUUCGGACCUCAUAGCGAGAGUCUACCGAUGCUCGCUGUGGGGUCCGAGGUUAACCCGGUUCAUCGUGUUGACAGCCCCGUUUCGACACCUGGCACCGCGCUGGAGACCUGUCCAGAUGCCCAACCCCGAAGACCUCUCAUGAGGUUUUCGGAGCGGAUGUCUGUGACAGUAAACGGCGGUCUCACUAAAAGACCUUCAUUUCGGAGUACUGCACGACCUCUGGGAGUGACUCCUCAAAUGCGUCCCACUUAUGGUUCACAGCCAAGUGGGACACGUUUUGAGGGGUUUACACCAAGGCCGUUGCAUGCUCGAAAUGAUUGUUCUUUAGUUGAGUCCCGUUUUGUCUCCACCAACUGGCAAGCUAGGGGAAUACGUUUUGUAUACCCCAAGCUUCUCCUCCGUUGUCUGGGCCCUGGUAGGAUACGCUCUGCUGACAUCGCACAGCGGACUGUCAGAGUGAGGUAUGAGGAGGUGAAAGUGACCGUUAGACGCGUAACACGCAGAUCUAACGUUUCACCCGUACAUCCCUUGCCGCUACCUUCCUUGGAUCCCCAGCGACGUCGAGGUCAUCCUGCUGCUCCUACUGUAGGUAGUAGAGCCUUAAUGCAGGACACCCCCAGACCUCUUCUGUCAGAGGAAAUCUCUUCUGCACAGCCUGAGCGUCCUCGGGCCCUGGAACCUGGCAGGAGUCUGUCUGUGGUUGUGUCACAGCAGAAACCUGUCCAGGUUGUGCAUCCUCUGGGCCGGCGUACACGUUGGGGUCGUGUCGCACCGGCUCAGCAGGUCCAGCCCUCGCCCGCUCGGCAGUUACGGGCUACACCUUUCGCUGCCGAGAUUUACAAGCAGAGGGAAGGACCAACCUGUCCAGGUUGUGCGUCCUCUCGGCUGGCCUACACGCGAGGGUCAUGUCGCACUCGCUUGCCAGGACCGGCCCCCGCCGGCUCGGCAGGACCGGCCCCCGCCCGCUCGGCAGGACCGGACCCCGCCCGCUCGGCAGGACCGGACCCCGCCCUCUCGGCAGGACCGGACCCCGCCCGCUCGGCAGGACCGGACCCCGCCCGCUCGGCAGGACCGGACCCCGCCCGCUCUGCAGGACCGGACCCCGCCCGCUCGGCAGGACCGGACACCGCCCGCUCGGCAGGACCGGACACCGUCCUGCCCGCUCGGCAGGACCGGACACCGCCCGCUCGGCAGGACCAGCCCGCUGCUGUCUCACAGCAGAAACCUGUCAUGGUUGUGGCUCCUCUGGGCCGGUCCACACUUGAGGGUUGUGUCGCACUGGCUCAGCAGGUCCAGUCCUUGCACCCUCAGCGGUUCCUGCCUAGACCGAUCGCUGGUGUCUCACUGCAGAGACCUGUCCAGAUUGUCCGUCCUCUGGGCUGGCCUACAAGUGAGGAGCAUGUUGCGCACGCUCGGCAGGACCAGCUCCGGACCGUUCGGCAGGACCAGACCCCGAUCAUUCGGCAGGACCACACCCCGACUGUUCGGCAGCCCUUUGCUGCCUCACAGCUAGUCCAGACCCCGCCCGCUCGGCAGGUCCAGACCCCGCCCGCUCGGCAGGUCCAGACCCCGCCCGCUCGGCAGGUCCAGACCCCGCCCGCUCGGCAGGUCCAGAUCCCGCCCGUUCGGCAGGUCCAGAUCCCGCUCGUUCGGCAGGUCCAGAUCCCGUCGGCUCGGCAGGUCCAGAUCCCGUCGGCUCGGCAGGACCAGACCCCGCCCGCUUGGCAGGUCCAGACCCCGACCGUUCGGCAGCCCUUUGCUGCCUCACAGCUAGUCCAGACCCCGGCUUCUCGGCAGGACCAGAUCCCGCCCCCUCGGCAGGACCAGAUCUCACCCCCUCGGGAGGACCAGACCCUGCACGCUCUGCAGGUCCAGACCCCGCCCGCUCGGCAGGACCAGACCCGACCAUUCGGCAGGAUCAGACCCCGACCGUUCGGCAGGACCAGACCCUGCCUGUACGGCAGGUCCAGACCCCGGCCACCCGGCAGGUCUAGCUCUUGCCCGCUGGUCUCACAGCUAGUCCAGACCCCGGCCUCUUGGCAGGACCAGAUCCCGCCCCCUCGGCAGGACCAGAUCCCGCCCCCUCGGCAGAAGCAGACCCCGCCCGCUCGGCAGGUCCAGACCCCGACUGCUUGGCAGGACCAGACCCGACCGUUUGGCAGGACCAGACCCCCACCGUUCGGCAGGACCAGACCCCGACCGUACGGCAGGUCCAGUCCCCGGCUGCCCGGCAGGUCUAGCUCUUGCACGCUGGUCUCACAGCUAGUCCAGACCCCGGCUUCUCGGCAGGACCAGAUCUCGCACCCUCGGCAGGACCAGAUCCCGCCCCCUCGGCAGGUCCAGACCCCGACCGUUUGGCAGGACCAGACCCGACCGUUUGGCAGGACCAGACCCCGACCGUUCGGCAGGACCAGACCCCGACCGUACGGCAGGUCCAGACCCCGGCUGCCCGGCAGGUCUAGCUCUUGCACGCUGGUCUCACAGCUAGUCCAGAUCCCGGCUUCUCGGCAGGACCAGAUCCCGCACCCUCGGCAGGACCAGAUCCCGCCCCCUCGGCAGGACCAGAUCCCGCCCCCACGGCAGGUCCAGACCCUGCACGCUCUGCAGGUCCAGACCCCGCAUGCUCCACAGGACCAGACCCCACACGCUAGGCAGGACCAGACCCGACUGUUCGGCAGGAUCGGACCCCGACCGUUCAGCAGGACCAGACCCUGCCCGUACGGACCAGACCCCACCCCCUCUGCAAGACCAUACCCCGCCUGCUCGGCAGGUCCAGACCCCGCCCGCUCGGCAGGUAAAGACCUCGCCCGCUCGGCAGGACAAGAUCCCGCCCGCUCGGCAGGUCCAGACCCCGCCCGCUCGGCAGGACAAGAUCCUGCCCGCUCGGCAGGUCCAGACCCCGCCCGCUCGGCAGGUAAAGAUCCCGCCCGCUCGGCAGGACCAGACCCCGCCGCUCGGCAGGUAAAGACCUCGCCCGCUCGGCAGGACAAGAUCCCGCCCGCUCGGCAGGACCAGACCCCGCCCGCUCGGCAGGACAAGAUCCCGCCCGCUCGGCAGGACCAUACCCCGCCCUCUCGGCAGGAUCAGAUCCCGCCCCCUCGACAGGUCCAGACCCCGCCCGCUCUGCAGGUCCAGACCCCGCCCCUCGUACCAGACCCCGCACGCUCGGCAGGACCAGACCCCGCCCGCUCGGCAGGACCUGACCCCGCCCGCUCGGCAGGUCCAGACCCCGCCCGCUCGGCAGGACCAGACCACGGCCGUUUGGCAGGUCUAGCUGUUGCCCGCUGGUGUCUCACAGCUGGCCCAGCCCUCUCUCGCAAGAAGCAGGCUGAGGCUAUGUACCAGACAAACAACACAGGCUCAUUUGAGGAGAUGGAGGUAAAAUCCAAAAAGGCCAGACGCAGUUCUGUAGCUCACCUUCACUGA